AUGGAGAAAUCAAUCGCGUCGGGCCAGGAGCCUGGUCAGACACAGGUCACGCCUGCUGGCGACAGAAUCGACCCUGUUGACAAUGACAAUGGCCCUAACCAGGUCGUCGACGAUGAGAAAGCCCUGUCAGACAAGGACUCGGCGGAAUUCCAGGGUGGUGUGCAGCGUGUGCGCGCAAUCACCACCGUUCUAUCAACGCAGACACUGAUUCUCCUCUUCGUCUUACUCUGGCUGGUAUCCUUCGUCGACGCAUUGCUAGGCUCCAUGCAAACCACGCUGAACCCAUGGAUCACCUCCUCGUUCGAGAAACACGGGCUGCUCUCCGUCGUCAGCAUCGUCUCGGUCAUCCUAGGCGGUUCCUCGAAGCUGACCCUGGCCAAGAUCAUCGACAUCUGGGGCCGAGUCGAGGGCUUCCUCUUCAUGCUCGUCCUGAUCAUCAUCGGGCUGAUCCUAAAAGCCACCUGCACGACAGUCGAGAUGUAUGCCGCCGCGCACACGCUCUACUGGGUUGGACAUAUCGAGCUGCUGUACGUCGUCGAGAUCAUGCUGGCGGAUAUGACGUCGCUCAAGAAUCGAAUGAUCAUGAUCGGGAUUAAUGGCACGCCUGGGAUCUGCAGUACCUUUGCGGGGCCUAAGAUUGCGCAGUUGUUCUAUGAUAACCUGAACUUCCGCUGGGGGUUUGGGUCGUUUGCGAUUAUUAUGGUCGGAGUGUGUUUUCCGGUUGUUAUUGUCAUGUUUCUCAUGCAGCGCAAGGCUGAGCGGUUCGGGACAUAUGUCAAGGAGCGCUCGGGGAGGACUCUCUGGCAAUCGAUUGCACAUUAUACAGUGGAGUUUGAUGUCAUCGGCAUUGUCCUCAUCACGGCGGUCUUCUCCCUCAUCCUCCUCCCCUUUAGUAUAGCGUCCUACGCGCCCAAAGGCUGGGCCAGCGGGUAUAUCAUCGCCAUGGAAGUCGUCGGCGUCGCCUGCAUCCCAGCCUUUUACAUCUGGGAGAAAUACUUCGCGCCGGUCCAGUUCCUGCCGUGGAAGUAUCUCAAGGAGCCGACGAUCAUCGGCUCGUGCAUGCUGUACCUGGUUAUGUUUGCAUCGUCGACUACCUGGAAUGCGUAUUUCAGCUCGUACCUGCAGGUCGUCAACAGACUGGAUCUGACCACAGCAAACUACGUCCUGAACGCGUAUUCUCUGACCUCGUUCAUCUUCAGCCCAGUCUUCGGCUUGUUAAUUCGGUAUACCGGCGAAUUCAAAUACACCGCCAUGGCCGGAAUCCCCAUCCUGCUCCUCGGCACAGCCCUGCUCGUCCCCUUCCGCACCCCAUCCACACACAUAGGCUUGAUAACAAUGACCCAAGUCCUCGUCGGGCUAGGAACCUGCAUAUUCACCGUCUGCAGCCAGCUGGCACUGAUGACCGUAGUAACGCACCAGGAAAUCGCCGUCGUGAUCGCCAUCUGGGGCCUCUUCGGCUCCAUCGGGUACAGCGUGGGCGCGGCCAUCGCCGGCGGGAUCUGGAAUAAUGUUCUCGAGCCACAGCUUUACGAGCGGCUGCCGGAGGGGAAGAAGGAUCUUGCAGCGAGUAUCUUUGCCAGUCUGGGGACGCAGAUUGGGUAUGCGGAUGGCACCCCGGAGCGCGCGGCGAUUGUGGGUGCUUAUGCGGAUGUGCAGAGGAAGAUGGUCAUUGUGGGGGUUUGUCUGGUGCCGCUUUGUGUGGCUUGUACGUGGUUCUGGAGGGGGGUGAAUGUGAAGAGGUUGGAGAGGGAGCAGACGAGGGGGAAUAUCUGGUAG